AUGCCCAAGAUCAGGGCCUACACACCGGCCUGGCUGUCCGCAGAAUUCCCCGACGGUCACACUCUCUUCUCGGCGCCCGUCUCUGCAGCAAAGGCAUCACCCUUCGCUUCGUCGACUGCGAGCCCUCGGAAGAAGCAGCCUGUCCCUACUGCAGGCCCCCAGAGGACUAUCGCAAGGCGCGGCACCGAGGUCUUCAUUGCCAUUGGGAAGGAGAUCCGAUGGACCGAUCUCGUCUCCACCAAGAGCGCAUGGGAAGCGACGCACGAUGGCCAGAGAAGUGUCAUGAACAUCACUAAUGGCGUCUCCCGUUCACGACCUGUUUAUAGGAUUCUCAAGCCGCCCGUGGCCGACGACAUCCGCCAGCUUGUGGUCUCUCCUCACAACAACUACAUGGCCAUUCUGACCGCCCACACCGUCCACAUUUGCAUACUGCCUGACCCGUCCCAUCUCGCGGCAACAGACGACACUGAAGUGUACCUUAAGACCCGAUACUUCACCCUCGGGCCCACCACCCAUGUCACCACGCGUGCGCCUGUGGUCUCUGCUCUAUGGCAUCCGCUGGGUGUCAACGGCUCUGCUAUCGUCACCGUCACCCGCGAUGCCGUCGUUCGGCUCUGGGAGAUAUCGCCCGUCGACCGCUGGUCUUUCGACUCGCCAGCCCUGUCCAUUGACGUCAAGAAGCUGGCCGAUGGCACUUGGCUGGACCAAGACUUUGGCGCGUCUGUCAACACCAACGCCGGCUACUCGCCGGACUUUUUCGACAUGGAGGUAGCCGCAGCCAGCUUUGGUCCCCGCAGCUCUGGUGGCUGGUCGUCCAUGACGUUAUGGAUUGCCAUGGUUGGCGGUGAUGUGUAUGCGCUCUGUCCGCUGCUGCCCAAGCGCUGGGCUCCGCCACCGACCCUCAUUCCGUCGCUCUCCGUUGCCAUUGUCGCCAACGUGGCUGCCGUCGAGGAUGACGCGGAUGUGUCGCCGCGAUCAAAGCAGCUGGCCCAGCAGCAACUUGACUGGAUGUCACAGCUCGACAGUCAGGAACCGACAGUUGUCGAGUCGCCGACUCGGUCGGGAUAUGGACCAUCUGCCGAUGUGUUUUCCCGCCCUGCCCAUCCUGGCAUCGUGCCGAGAUUGCAAGGCCCGUUUGAGGUGGACUUUGAAGACGACGAUGACGAGGACGAGGACGACUCUGGGAAUGCUGGAGAGCUGUGCGAUAUCUUCAUCAUUGGCGAAAAGGUCGACACGGCCUUCCUCAUGGGAGUCGAAGAUGACGGAGAUGAUGCAGCGUUCCAGGACCUCAUCGAUGAUGCCGACCAAGAGGGCCUGUCCCUGUCCGUCAUCGGCCUCGUCUCCACGACGGGCAGACUGCGCAUCUGUCUCGAUCUUGUCGGCGUCGAGGCCCAGUGGCUGCCACAGCGCAGCCACCAUUCCCACAAAAGCAGCAUCAGCGGCCGAGCUGGAGCUGCACAUAUCCCAGAUACAGACAACAACUCCACCUCGCGGCCGUUGCUCACAUUCCAGAUCGUGGAUCUUGUUCGCGAGGCUGAGAAGCGGCCAGACGGCUGGUGCACAUUCAGCCCUGAUGUCACAUCACGCUACUCGUUUUUUGUAACACAUCCCGGCGGUAUCACCCACAUUUCGCUGUCAAAUUGGGUCUUCCGGCUAGAGCAGGAAUUGCAUGAGGGCACAGACACCGGAGCAGACUUCCGCGUGCGCCAACUGGUCACGGGCGAGAACACAACACGACACCGGGUGUAUGUGCACAAGCCGGACGAGACGCUCGCAACCAGUAUUGUGAUGCGCGAUCCGGAUCUCGGCUACUUUUUGCUGUCGGCCACCGACCACUCGCCCGUUGGAAUAUCCUUUGAUUCGCCAGAAGGCAACGACGAGCUCGGAUCGUCCAUGUUUCGUUCAUCGUUCCGGUCACCAGACCAGUCGCCGACGCGUCCUGCCGCGACCGAGCAGGCAGAGGACAAGGCCGUGCUGGCAUUGGAUUUUUGGAAGGCCCGGCCGGCCUUUGAGAUACCCCGAGAACUGCUGAUGGCGUCGCAGUUCUCACAGGCGAAGAACAUGCUAUUCACGAGCCGGUACCAGAUGCUGCAGCACCAGGAAGUGCGGCUCUCGCCCGCGACGCUGAACAUAUUCACAAACGCCCAUAAGCUCGUGGGCAAGGAGAGCGGGCUGCUGAACCAGGCGGUAUCGCAGGUGUUCACCAAGCUGCAGGACCUGCCCAUCGAUCUGCACGAGCAGAUCCAGUCAGCGGCGACGCUGAAGCACCGCAUCGACAUGAUCGCCGGCAACGACCUGGAUGACGAUGAGCAGAUGGCCGGCCCGCUCACCGAUGACGUGCGGCUCCGGCAGCGCCUCAAGACGGCACAGGACCGCCACGACGAGCUGAGCGAGCGGCUGGAGCGGCUGCGGCGCACGUUCAACAUGGCGUCGGCGCGCCCGCUAAGCGACAAGGAGCGCAUGUGGUCCAAGGAAGUGCAGACCCUCGAUGCCAGUCUCCAGGACCUGUCGUCGGCGUCGACAUUGCCGUCUGCAGGCGUGUCGGUGGGAUCGUCACCCACCAAGUCGACCGCAGCGGCCGGCGAUGUCGGUCUGCGCGUCCAGCAGAUCCACAGCCUCUGGGAAGAGCUGGCAAAGCAGGCCGGCUCGAUGCUGCUGAAGGCGUCGAUCGACGAGAAGGCAGCCGGCGCCGGAAACGGCGAGCUGACAAGCCGACCCGGCUCGCCGUCGUCGUUGUCCGCCUCGACGUCCUCAAUGCCGGCCGGCAGCAGCACGGCGCACAUGAAGGUGCCGGCCGACGUCCGCAAGGCCAAGAUGGCCCAGGUGACGAAGCUGCUGGAGCGCGAAUCGGCCAUGGUGGAUGCGGUGACAGAGCGGCUGGAACGGCUGGGCAUGGCGUCUUGA